AUGCAAUUCACUGCUCUUCUCGCCGCUCUCGGCGCCCCUCUGGCACUGGCUGCCUCUAUCCCAGCUGCUGCUCACAACCACUCCAUGAUUGAUGUCCAGCUGGCUGCUACUGGUAACUCUAUGAUCAAGGCCACUAUUACCAACACUGGUGACCGUACCUUGAACUUGUUGAAGUUCAACACCAUCAUGGAUGAGCACCCAACCCGCAAGGUUAUGGUCUACCAAGAUGGUGCUGAGGUCCAGUUCACUGGAAUGCUUCCCCGCUACAAGAUGUCUGACCUCACCCCUGAGUACUUCGUCAACCUUGGCCCCAAAGCCAGUGUUGAGCACUCCUUUGAUCUUGCUGCCACUCACGACCUGAGCCGUGGCGGAAAGAUCGUUGUCAAGGCACAUGGAAUGGUCCCUACCGCUGAGGAGAACGCAACCACCAUUACCGGUCACACUCUCUAUGAGUCCAACGAGCUCACCAUGGAUGUUGAUGGAAAGCAGGCCGCUGCUGUUGAACAGGCUAUGGGCGGUGACGACUCCACCGGUGUUAUUGACAAGCGCUCCAACAUUGUCACCUCCAGCUGCCGCGGAAGCCAGCUUCGUGUCCUCCAAACUGCUCUCUCCAACGCUUCCCGCCUCUCCAGAGCUGCCGCUUCCGCUGCUCAGAGAAACCCCAGCAAGAUGCGCGAGUACUUCAAGACCGCUGACAGCCGCACCGUCCAGAAGGUUGCCAGCCGUUUCUUGUCCGUCGCCCGCGAGUCCAGCUCUGGUUCUACUGGCCGUACCACCUACUACUGCAAUGAUAACAGAGGCGGUUGCCACCCUGGUGUCCUUGCCUACACCCUCCCAUCCAAGAACCAGGUCUUCAACUGCCCCAGCUACUACCAGCUCCCUGCCCUUAACAACCGCUGCCACGGUCAGGACCAGGCCACCACCACUCUCCACGAGCUCACCCACAACCCUGCUGUUGUCACUCCUUUCUGCGAGGAUCUCGGCUAUGGUUACCAGCGUGUCUCUGCUCUCCCAGCCUCCAAGGCCAUCCAGAACGCUGAUACCUACUCCCUUUUCGCCAACGGUAUGUAA